AUGCAUUUCCCCAUCGAUUAUGAAAUUGGUGCUGGAAACUUCAGUGCCUUUGUUUUCAGAAUCAAGAAAAGACAGCAUGAAGGUCUGGCCACAUAUUUUAGGAGGUCUAAGUUGAAGUUGCUUGAGCAGUAUGAUAUUAUGCUGAGCCAGGCCUUGACAGCAGAUCCUCUUCAUCGGGAGCUGCUGGAGAAAGUGUCCACUAAUCCCAGCUUGAUGGAGAAGAUCGGAAACAGAUCAACAGUGCUGCAGGUGACCGUCUUGCAGUCGUUAAGUGACCCGUCAAGGAUAUUAUGUGUGGGAAACACACACCUGUACUGGCACCCUAAAGGAGGAAACGUUCGACUGGUUCAGAUGGCUGUGGCCCUGAAACACAUGACGCAGGUUGUGACGGAGAAGCAUCCCGGAGCCAGCCUCAUAUUCUCAGGUGAUUUCAACAGCACACCCUCCUCCAGUCUCUUCCAGCUCGUGUGUGAAGGAUACGUCUCGGAGAAUCAUGACGACUGGCCUUCCAAUGGACCAGAAGAGCAGAUCCAGGUGGGACUGAUGAACCCGUUCCAGCUGGCCAGUGCUCGCGGGGUCCCGGCCUACACCAACUACGUCGGGGGCUUCCAGGGCUGUCUGGACUAUAUUUUCGUGGAGCCUCAUGUGCUGCAGGUGGAGCAGGUCAUCCCUCUGCCCGGCCUUCAGGAGGUCACGACCUGCGUGGCUCUGCCGAGCAUCUCGCACCCGUCAGAUCACAUUCAACAUUCAACAAUUACAGCUUUUUAA